CAUGGUGUUUACAUCCUUGCAUGUACGAACUGUGAUCGAACAAUUCAAAUGCUUCCAAGACAAUUUGAAAUAACUCUGUAAGGAGUCGAAAUGCUUGAGAAAUACUUUUUAAAGCAUCACGAAGAUGAUUUGAUGAAGAUACUUGAAGCCGUUAACGAAAAUCAACAUUAUUCGAUACACGUGAAUUUUCUAUCCCUGGUUGAAACAGAUCAACAACUCGCCACUAAACUUUUACACAACCCUCGAGAAUAUUUGCCGCUCUGCGAUAAAUCCGCUAUAACAGCGCAGGAAAAAUUAUUUAACCCUGGACUGACAGUAAAACAGAAGAUUCAUACACGAAUAACAUCUUUUCCAAUAAAAGUAAACCAAAGUCCAAUUGGGGAGUUGAUUUCCACCUCGGGAAUCGCUGUGCGAAUAUCGCAGCCUACUGUAUUAAAAGUCUGUCAGAGGUACACCUGUCGUAAAUGUAAACACGUUACCAUUGUAGAGUUAGAAUGGGAAAGAAGGAAAUUCAAGGAGACCAAAGAAUGCGAUGCAUGUCACUCAAGAAGCAUCUUUACAGAUCCAACUUUGCAACAGAACGAUUGUUCAGAUUACCAAGAAGUGAAAAUUCAGGAGAAAUGUCAGAUUGACACAAGGGCUUCAUACGCUAGCGGAACUCGGAUAAUUCUUUUGGAUGACUUAGUUGAUAAAUGUAGACCCGGAGAUCACGUUGAUAUAUGUGGAAUAGUGAUAAGACAAUGGGGCUCGUUAACACCAGGUCAACGAGCUGAAGCAAGCACUGUGAUUAUGGCAAACAGCGUUACUGUCUCCAGUAAAAUGAACGAGGCUCAAUUCUCCACCAAUGAAGCGAAAGAGAUAUUUGCCAGGUAUUGGGAAGCUCACAAAGCGCAACCUUUGGUCGGUAGAGAUAUCAUACUUGGCUCACUUUGCCCUCAGAUCUAUGGUAUGUACAAUGUCAAAAAGGCACUUGCAGUUGUGCUUGCUGGUGGAGUAUCAAAGUCUCAAGAUUCUGGUACACGAAUCAGAGGUGAACCACACCUGUUAUUGAUUGGCGAUCCCGGAACCAGCAAAUCACAGCUUCUCCGCACCGCAGCUAGAUUAGCCUUGCGUUCUGUGUUAACAACUGGUAUCGGUUCAACUGCAGCUGGCCUAACAGCUGCUGCGAUCAAGGAUGAGGGAGGUUGGCAGUUGGAAGGUGGAGCAUUAGUAUUAGCUGACGGUGGAGUAUGUUGCAUUGAUGAAUUUUCUUCAAUGCGUUCACACGAUCAAGGAGCAAUCCACGAAGCGAUGGAACAGCAAACAAUAUCAGUAGCUAAAGCAGGGCUAGUAAGCACGCUGAAUUCUCGCUGUACGGUAAUUGCGGCGACUAAUCCUAUCGGAGGACACUGCAUUGAUGGAAAACAAGUUGUAACAUCUUUAGGAGAUGCUCUCCUAACCCGAUUUGAUUUGAUCUUGGUUCUAAGAGAUAAUCGGAAUGUAGAAUGGGACGAGAUGAUAGCAACUCAUAUUUUGAAAACAGCUCAGGAAUCGUCAGAAAAAAAAAUUACCAUUGGCCCGGAAAAACAGCUGAAUAUUUUGGAAACGGGUACCUUGUGGACAGAAGAAACGGUGAGGGACUAUUUCGCUUUGGUACAUACACUCAAACCUGUGAUAAGUCCAGAGGCGUCAGAAGUAAUUAGAGCCACUUAUCGAUACCACAGGUUGAAUCCAGAAAGAAGAGCAGAAAGAACAACUGUACGACUCUUAGAAAGCCUUGUUAGGUUAGCCGAGGGUCAUGCUCGUCUGAUGUACCGUACGCAAGUAGAAUUAAUGGAUGCUUUGGUAGCUGCACAAUUGGUGGGAACCGGUCCUAUGAAUUCUACUUAUAGCUCAACUGUUACUGGUCAUCGUUUUCCUGCAGAUCCAAUGGCCGAUUAUCGCAAAGAAGGGAUUGAUAUCCUCGACAAGCUCAACUUGGGACAUCUGAGUGUUCAACUGUGAUGAAUAUUUUCAACGGUUAAUUAGAUGAACAUGCAUUUGAUAAAUAAUAAAAGAACUGUUAAUUAUUAAUGUUAAUUACAGUACAAAUGCGAGUUAAAGAAAUCCACAAAGCUGUAUUCCUAAU